AUGAAUAAGACUAUUAAGACUGCGUUAACUCAAAUCGCAAAUAAGAGACCCUUCGGCACCUAUGCUAAUGGUGUUCAGCCAGUACUAACCACAGCUAAGGUCGGAGAUGUGAAUCUUAAGAAUAGAGUCGUGAUGAGUGCUUUAACAAGACAAAAGGCUCCAAGAGAGGGAUCUAAUAGAGGUGUUCCAAGUGAAUUACAUCAAGAGUAUUACUCUUCAAGAGCAGAAGAUGCAGGUUUUGUGCUAACUGAAUGCUCCUCUGUCUCAGAAGAUGGAGACUCCUUCCCAGGAAGUACUGGUAUUUACAACGACUAACAAGUCGAAGGGUGGAAGAAAGUAACUGAAGCAGUCCACAGCAAGGAUGGAAGAAUUUUCCUAUAAAUAUGGCAUGCUGGCAGAGCAGCUCAUCCAGAUUAAAUAGGUGGCAGAACUCCAAUAUCAUCUUCAGCAAUCGCUAUAGAUUCCAAGGUUUGGGCAGGAGGAAAAUUGUAGCCUCAUGUAGUACCAAAAGAAGCAACUCUUGAUGAUAUUAAGAGAGUAAUUGAAGCAUUUAGAGCUGGAGCUGAGAGAGCAAAGUAAGCUGGUUUCGAUGGAGUUGAGCUUCAUGGUGCUAAUGGCUAUUUCAUUGAUCAGUUCUUGAGAGAUGGAGUAAACAAGAGGACUGAUAACUAUGGAGGUUCAUUAGAAAACAGAUCAAGACUUUGCUUUGAAGUCUUAGAUUAACUGAUAUCUGUAUUUGGAAGUUAGAGAGUCGGAGUUAAGUUAUCUCCCGUCAACGAUUAUAACAAGAUGGAAGACUCUGAUCCAAUUGCUCUUGUUAGUCACUUGAUUCCAAAGUUGAAUGAGAGAAAAUUGGGUUUUGUUGAACUUACUGAGGGCUUUAGUUUAGAAGGCAGAGAUGCAGCCUUGAGAAAGAAGUUCUAUGAAAACAGAACAGAGAAGUCUUUCAGAGAAAUAUUUAAGAGAUAAUUUGAUGGAACAUAUAUUACUAAUCACGGAAUGACUCAGGACUCUGCCAACGAAACAAUCUAAAAGGGUCAUACUGACUUAGUAUCAUUCGGUCAGCUUUACGUUGCUAACCGUGAUUUGGUUCAUAAAUUUAGGACUGGUGCUCCCCUCAACAAGAUGUAGUUUGCAGAUCCCAAGUAACUCAUGGCCUAUCUUUAUGGAGAACUAGGAGCUCUAGGAUACACUGAUACCUCAGUUUAUGAGCCAAAGUAAAAAUGA